UCCUCGUCUCACAAAUUAGUAGACCAUAAAGGAGAAAGAAAAAAGAUAUAUAAAAAGAAGAACUCCGAAACUAUUUCCAAAACUGAUACACAGAAAGGUUGGAAAAUUAUCUUCAAAAUCAAUGGAGGUUGGAAGUAUACUAGAGUUUCUUGAGAACAAGACCAUUUUGGCUACUGGUGCAACUGGAUAUCUAGCAAAGAUUUUUGUGGAGAAGGUACUGAGAGUUCAACCAAAUGUGAAGAAGCUUUAUCUUCUUCUAAGAGCUGCAGAUGCUGACUCUGCUAUGGAGCGCCUAAAUCGGGAGGUCAUAGGGAAAGAUUUAUUUAAAGGUGUGAGGGAGAAAUAUGGUUCAAGUCUAAACUCCUUUGUAUCAGAGAAGAUGACUCCUAUUCCUGGUGAUAUCUCCCGUGAAGACUUAGGGAUUGAAGACUUUAACUUAAGGGAUGAGAUUCUGAAAGAUAUUGAUGUGGUGAUUAACUUUGCUGCCACAACCAACUUCGAUGAAAGAUAUGAUGUUGCACUAGGAGUCAAUACACUGGGAGCUUUGAAUGUCUUGAACUUUGCGAAGAAAUGUCUUAAAAUCAGGAUGCUUGUCCAUGUCUCUACUGCUUAUGUAUGUGGAGAAGAUACAGGACUUAUACUAGAGAAGCCAUUUCCAAUGGGUGAAGCCAAGAAGGGUAACCGUAAAAUAGAUAUUGAAGAAGAAAAGAAACUAGUGCAAGAAAAACUAAAUGAACUUGAAUCAGAAAAUGCUUCAGAGAAAGAAAUUACAGCAAUCAUGAAGGAUUUUGGCAUUGAAAGGGCAAGGAUGUUUGGAUGGCCAAACACUUAUGUAUUUACAAAGGCAAUGGGGGAAAUGAUUUUAAUGCAUAUGAAAGAAGAUUUGAGUCUACUUAUUAUACGGCCAACCAUGAUAACAAGUACUUAUAGAGAACCAUUUCCUGGUUGGAUUGAAGGUGCCAGAACUGUUGAUAGUGUAAUCGUGGGCUAUGGCAAAGGGAAAGUGGGAUGUUUUGUCUCUAGGCCGGAGUCAGUUCUUGAUGUGAUACCAGCUGACAUGGUGGUGAAUGGAAUCAUUGUGGCCAUGGCGACUCGUGCUCAGAAGCAAGCUUCAGAAAUCAUUUAUCAAAUAGGAUCUUCCUUAAGAAACCCUUUGAAGUUAUCAAGUGUGAAUGAUUUUAGCUAUCGUUAUUUCUCUGCAAAUCCAUGGAUUAACAAGGAAGGAGUUCCAGUAAAGACUAGCAAGGCCAUUAUCUUGAGCUCUAUGACCAAAUUCUAUAUAUAUAUGGCAUUUCGUUUUCAACUGCCAUUGAAGGCAUUGCAAGUAGCAACCAUUUUGGUAUUGAAGAACUAUCAGGACAUGUGUACGGUUCUUGAUCGAAAAGUAAAAUUGGUGAUGAGAUUGGUAGAACUUUAUAAACCCUAUGUGUUCUUUGAGGGCAGCUUUGAUGAUUCCAACUCAGAGAAGCUAAGAAUAGAAGCAAGAGAGAGAAGUCUUGAACUAAAAGAAAUGGAUGAAUUUAACUUUGAUCCCACAGAAAUUGACUGGGAAAAUUACAUGAUGAGUGUUCAUAUUCCUGGUUUAGUUAAAUAUGUAAUGUAAGAAUCAUUAUAUUGUUUGAGUUCCUAAAGGGCUUUCCCCACACACAAAAAUUCGAGCUUCUAAAGCCAAUAAUUAUUUAUUAAUUGUAUAACUCAUUGUAUUGCUUUUUC